AUGCGCGCCCGCAGAUCGAAGAGAUACCGCAAAAUCAUGUCCUCGUACCAAAUGUCCUUCUCCUUCCGUGAACCCUAUCAAGUGCUCUUAGACUCUCACUUCCUCAAGGCAUGCCACUCCUUCCACAUGCCUCUGCAAAAAUACGUGGAAAACACCCUCCACGGGAAAUGCAACCUGUUCGUCACGAAAUGCACGCUCGCCAAGAUCAUGGACGCGCAUCAGAAGCAGAAGGAGCGCAAAGCAGCAGGAGGAGGAGAAGGAGGUAAAGCGAGGGGUCCAGGCCGGCCUGACUUUCUCCCUCCACCCACCGAGGUGCCCCUACGGCAUUGCAAGCACAAAAACGACGAGGGCGAAGAGCUGGGCAUCGUGAGCGAGGCGCGGUGUCUGCUCGAUCUCCUGGCCGGCCAGCCGCGGGGCAACGAGCACGCCAAGAAUAAACAGCACUAUGUCCUUGCGACGGCGGAGGCCGAGGAGAGGGAACAGCACGGGCGAGGAUUCAUCGACGUGCGCGAGCGGGCCAGGUUAAUCCCCGGUGUGCCGAUCGUGUAUGUCAAGCGGAGUGUGAUGAUUCUGGAGGAGUUGAGCGGGGUCAGCGAACGGGCGAUAAAGAAGGUGGAAAGGGAGAAGUUCGGCGAAGGGUUGGUAGGACUGGCUUCGCGGAAGAGGAAGAGGGGCGAGGGCGAGGAUGAUGAGGAAGAAGAGGGCGAGCGGGAUGAUGAGGAGCAAAAUGGCGCGACUGCGAAGAUCAGAGGCAUGAGGAGAGCUAAAGGGCCGAACCCGCUGAGCGUUAAGAAGAAGAAGAAUAAGGAGCGGGUAUCACAGCCUGCGGGAGGUGGUGGACCCGUCGAUGCAGAGGCCGAACCUAUACGGAAAAGGCCGACAAGAAGAGGCGGCAGAAGAGUCGCAGCAAGGAGGGACGCCACGCAACAGGAACAAGAGACCGCAAAGGAACCCUCUGCUGUGGCGGAACCAAAAGGGUGA